AUGGCGGCUUUCAAAGGACUUCCGCGUGACUCCCGCGGAUCCCUCGAAGUCUUCAAUCCAGACUCCGCUGCCGCCGCUUCAAAUCGGGCGACCACCUCCCCAUUCCUCCUCCCUCCUGCAGUUGCUUCCCAUCCUAGCCUCACCGGGAUGAUGAGGAUCUUGGCGUGGUACGACUUUGCACUUAUGCCUCCACCAUCUCUCAACUGCAGCCGCUUCCUUCAAGGUUUCGGGACCGACCCAGAGAGAUUUCAAGAUCAGUGCAGGCUCUCGCAAUUUGGGUCAAAUUAUCGUGGUCGUAUUCUCAACUACAAGAAGGAUGGUACACCAUUCUGGAACCUCCUAACCGUUGCCCCCAUCAAGGAUGAGGAUGGCAGGGUCCUCAAGUUCAUUGGGAUGCAAGUGGAAGUGAGUAAGUACACAGAAGGUAGCAAGGAUACAGCUCUUCGCCCAAAUGGAUUGCCAGAGUCACUCAUCAAAUAUGAUGCAAGACAGAAGGAUCAUGCCCGUAGCUCAGUCUCGGAGCUUCUACUUGCCCUGAAGGAUCCACGGUCAUUGUCAGAAUCAAGAAACAAUACCUUAAAAAGGAAAUCACAGGAAUCAGGAGAUGUGCUUUCAGGUGAUGAAGUACCCGGCAAGAGAAGCUCCGAAAGUGGAUCCCGCCGUAACUCACGGAGUGGAACGAGAAACUCUCUACAAAAAAUUAGUGAAGUGCCUGAAGGAGGGAAUAAGACCAGGAAAUCUGGUUUGCGUUCCUUUAUGGGUCUUAUUGGUAUGGGUCAUGGAAAUGUGGAGAAGAACAUUCUAAAACCAAGGGAAGAUACGCUACUUGAUAGCGAUGAUGAGAGACCAGAAAGCUUUGAUGAUGAUUUUAGGAGGAAAGAAAUGAGAAGGGGUAUAGAUUUGGCUACUACGCUUGAACGUAUUGAAAAGAAUUUUGUCAUCACUGACCCGAGGUUACCGGAUAAUCCAAUUAUUUUUGCAUCGGAUAGCUUUUUACGACUAACAGAGUAUUCACGCGAAGAAAUAUUGGGAAGAAAUUGCAGGUUUCUUCAAGGGCCUGAAACUGACCGUGGGACAGUAAAGAAGAUAAGAGAUGCCAUAGAUAACCAAAGAGAAGUUACCGUUCAGCUGAUAAAUUAUACAAAGAGUGGUAAAAAAUUCUGGAACCUCUUUCACUUGCAACCUAUGCGUGAUCAGAAGGGUGAUGUUCAAUACUUCAUUGGGGUUCAGUUGGAUGGAACUGAGCGUGUUCGAGAUGCUGCUGCAAAAGAUGGUGCCAUGCUGGUUUGUUUCUACCUUAAUGGUGACUAG